ACGAAGAUGAACAACCAAACAGAUUGAAGAAAAAGGGCGUUACAGCGAUUUGCGAUUCCUGGAUCAAUCGAUCAACCGAGACAAAACAAUAAGAAGGUGAAAUUCAAUAUGCGGUAAAGUGGAAUAAGGAUCCUGUAGUAUUUGAUUUGCUUACUCUGACCAGUGUAUAAGAUACUGAAGAUACCACAAGAUUUGGUUGUUUUCGUGUUUGAACUCACAUCACCAGUGCACCUAAAUGGCAUCUUUAAAACAAAGCACGCGAGAAGAGGCAGAUAACAAUCAUGCUCUUCUCCGUAAGGAAUGGGAUGAAGCUUCAUGCCCGAUAUGCAUGGAUCACCCACACAAUGCUGUCCUUCUACUUUGUAGUUCUCAUGAUAAAGGGUGUAGAUCUUACCUUUGUGACACAAGUUAUAGGCACUCAAACUGUCUUGACCGUUUCAAGAAAAUCCCUGAAGAAAAUUUUCAUUUGCCCCCAUCUCCACCAACAUCAGAAUUAAAGCAGAGCCUCAAAUGUCCUUUAUGUCGGGGGGAUGUGUUUGGGUGGAAAGUCAUGGAAGAAGCUAGAGAACACCUCAAUUUGAAGCUUAGAAAUUGUUCUCGUGAUUCGUGCACGUUUGUAGGCAACUAUAAGGAAUUGCGGCUUCAUGCCAGGAGGGCCCACCCCACAGUCCGCCCAACUGAGGUUGACCCAUUAAGACAAAGAGCUUGGAGAAGCCUUGAAGAACAGAGAGAGUAUGAUGACAUCAUCAGUGCUGUUAGAACAGCUAUGCCAGGGGCUAUGGUCUUUGGGGACUAUGUGAUAGAGAAUGUUGGAGGAAAUAGGGUUUCUAGCUCAACUGGUAAUAAUAGGGAUAGAGGGGCUGGAUUGAUGAGUACAUUUUUUCUCUUUCAGAUGUUUGGAUCAAUGGGCUCAAUGCCUGAUCUGAGAAGGGGUGAUGGGGGGUCAGGGGAUUUGUCAAGGCACCGUCGUUCAAAUAAUGGACCUUUUUCAAGGCGUCGCUCUCUUUGGGGUGAGAAUCUUUUAGGACUUCAGGAUGAAGAGAGAAACAGGGAAGAUAAUGAUGACCCUAACAUGGAUGUAAUGAGUGAUGAGGCUCCCUCUGAUAGGAGGAGGAGAAGGAGGCGUCGAUUUAUUUGAUCUUUCAAUGUCAAAUGAAGAUCACCAGUAGCAUUAGACAAUCAUUCUGAGACCCUCAGAUCCAUAAACUUGAUGCAACUUAUUCCCUGAGUUUUCAGAAUGGCAGAUUUGUUUGGAAAUGGGCAAUAAUUGAUGGUGCUGGUGAAUUAUGUUCCAUUUAUGAUCCAUCUUAAACUGUAACAUUUGUAUAUAUUCGUUUGUAUUUUCUGUAAUCGUUCUAUGUGCAAGUGCGUAAUACUGUUGUUCACUCGUAUUUAAUCUCUAUAUAUUGAAACUUAUCUCUAUUGAUGAAACAUGAGUGUGUUGCUAUUUUUGCAGUGCUCUCCGCCUCUCCUCAAGGUUUUCAAUCGAACUAAAAAAAGUAUCGAGCAAGAUUGAUUUAGGCUCUGUUUGCAAACUCUGUUGAUAAGUGCUUUUGGUUUUUUUAAAGAAAAAAUCACUUAUUUUACCAAACAUUAUCAACUUUUACUAUCUCGGUUUUCGUGUAGAAUUUACUUUUUACUUUUUCUAUUACACAAAAAGCAUUUAUUUUACCAAACAUUACUAACUUUUACUAAUCACUUUUUUUUUUCAAAAAGUGCUUUUAUUUAAGCACAAGUGGUUGCAAACAAAGUCUUAAGAUACUACGUACAUUUUAGAU